ACUUAUAAACGCCAUUAAUGGUAAUGGGUAGCGGUGGAUGAAACUCCACAUAUCAAACAUACAGCCAGAAACUCACUUCAGUCCCCUUACAUAAAUACUCCCAUAGAGGUGUACCCAGUCCAAGUUAAAACCUAUUUCCUGCCAUGCCUCCUUCAAGUAAUGCUUAUCAAUGGCUAAGCCUUGUAGGGAUAAUAUGGCUUCAGUCUGUGAAUGGAACAAACACCAACUUUCCUGCUUACUCAUCCCAACUCAAACAGCUCCUUUCCAUGUCUCAACUGCAGCUCAAUAAUCUUGCCUUCGCUUCAGAUGCUGGAAAACUAUUUGGUUUCUUCUCAGGCAUUGCUUCUUUUUACCUUCCCCUGUGGCUAGUUCUCUUGAUUGGUGCUACUCUUGGUUUGAUUGGUUAUGGAGUGCAAUAUCUCUUCUUAACAAGCUAUAUUUCCUCUCUUUCCUACGCCCAUAUUUUCUUGCUGACUGUUGUAGCAGGAAACAGCAUUUGUUGGAUCAACACAGUUUGUUAUGUAGUUACUAUCCGUAACUUCCCAUCUGAUCGCCAGGUUGCUGUGGGAUUAACCACCAGCUAUCAAGGAUUAAGUGCUAAAAUAUAUACAGUACUUGUAGAUGCCUUGUUCUUUUCUUUCCCUGCUAAAAGAGCUAAAGCUUAUCUUCUUCUUAACUCUAUACUGCCCCUUGUGGUUUCUGCAAUAGCAGCACCAGUAGUUAGAGACAUUAACAUAGGAUAUGGUAAAAAAAUGAGAACUGGGUUCAUGAUAAUGUUUUUCAUAACAAUAGCAACUGGCGUCUAUGCUGUAAUAACCAGCUUAGGGGGAAGUGGGUUACCACCAUUGGGCAAUGCAAUUGGCGUUAUGCUACUUUUAUUGGCUCCAUUUGUGAUCCCAAUGGCAGUAAAGAUCAGAGAAGUGUUACUAUCAAAGUGGUUGCUGAUAAACACAGAGGCAAAGGUUUAUAAUUUUACUGCAGAGGAGAAUGUUGAUGUGGAAAGAAUGGAGAACAGUGUGAAAGAAGGAGAGGACGACAGGAAGGAAAGUAGUGAGGAAGGCGUGAAGGACGAAAUUGGGGUGAAGAUGAUGUUGAAAAGGGUGAAUUUUUGGUUAUAUUUUACAGUAUAUUUAUGUGGUGCAACGCUUGGCCUUGUUUACUUGAAUAAUUUGGGACAAAUAGCAGAGUCUCGGGGCUACUCCGGAACUUCUUCUCUUGUUUCUUUGUCUUCCUCAUUUGGCUUCUUUGGUCGUCUCAUGCCUUCUCUAGUAGACUACUUUUUCUCAAGGAGUAGGCAUUUGAUUUCAAGACCUGCUUCUAUAGCAGCGCUAAUGGCUCCAAUGACAGGAGCUUUCUUCUUACUCCUCAACAAAUCCAACAUUUCGCUCUACAUUAGCACUGCAAUUAUUGGUGUUUGCACUGGAGCAAUUACUUCAAUUUCAGUAUCUACAACCACUGAGCUGUUUGGCACCAAGAAUUUCAGCAUUAACCACAAUGUUGUGGUUGCCAAUAUUCCAAUAGGUUCCUUCAUCUUUGGCUCCUUAGCGGCUGUUAUUUAUCACAGGGAAGGUGAUGGAGAAGGGAAGUGCAUAGGUCUUAGAUGUUACACAAAUACUUUCAUCAUCUGGGGUUCACUUUGCUUUCUUGGGGCUUUCCUUGCUCUAAUUCUGCAUGUCCGGAUCCGAAAAUUCUGCUCUGAAAAAUUAUAGACAGAGAAAUUCUUAGAUAAACUCUGUCUGUUAAAAAAGAUCCUCCAAUGACUCAUAUAUAAAUACAUAUAAAUGGAAUAUCAAUAGUCAAACAUAUCAAUGACUUAGUACUCAAGUACAUAUUUUGUAGCUUAGGCUGUGCAGAUCUUUAAGCCAUAUGUAACCCAAAAAGAGAAACAAAAUACAAAAAGAAAUAGAAAGUUUUAGUUGUUAAUAUGUAUGUAUCAGAGAUGGAAUCCGAGACUUAUAGUGAUACAUCAAUAUAAUUAUUCUGAUCUAAA